AUCACCAUGGUGAUGGUCAUGGCCCUGAGGCUGGCCUGGGUCUGCGGGCUCCUGUGUGCCGGCCUCCUCCGUGCUCAAGAAACUAUAAAUUACCUUCCAGAAAUCAAAGACGGCAAGUGUAUCUUCCCGUUCCAGUACAGGAAUGGAUUCUUCUAUGACUGCCUUCAGUUUGGGACCAAACACCCUUGGUGCUCCUUAAACAGCACCUACCAGGGCUAUUGGAAAUAUUGUUCUGAGGACGACUUUGCCAAGUGCGUGUUUCCCUUCUGGUUCAGACACAUGAUCUACUGGGAGUGCACACCGGAUGGGGACCCGGAAGGGAGGAUGUGGUGCUCCCUGACCAGGAAUUACAACAGGGACAAGGUCUGGAAAUACUGUGAGGGUGGAGAGACAGACCAAAUGAGAGGAGGAGAGGGAGGAGUUGGGGGAGGGGGCAGCAGAGGAGAAUAAGGAGGUGGGGAGGAAGGGGAGAGGAAGAGGAGAAGGGAGAAAGAGAAGGAGGAAGAAAAGGGUUAGUUGAGUUCAUGAGGAAGAAUCAGGCAAGUGCUGGGGAAAGGGAGAAGGAGGACUUCCCUCCCUCAUCUCCAACCUGCUUGUCUGCUUGUUGUGUGUUUGAUUUCUGAGUGGGGUUUUCUGACCACUGAUGGGGCAUUUUGUGGGGCUUAAUAUGCACACCAAGGUUCUGGCCUUUUCAGGAUGGCUCUUGAAUUGGGUACCUUGAGGAAAGGCAUGUGGACUCUUGUGUGUGUGACUUGGUGUCUGUGUGGGUUCACGCCCCACAGUCCAGGUCAGGGGGAGAUUUUUGAUGGGGUGAGGGGAUCUCUGCUGUUUUGGGGGUGGAGAAGGGUGUUCACAGGCAAUGCUGUUAUCUUCCACUCCAUUCUUCUAUGACUCUGGAACUGAUUCAAAUAAAUACUAUUGACAAAUAAAUAAAUUGAGAAAUAUAUUGACAAAUAAAGACUUUUGACAAUGUGC